AUCUUGACACAAAUCAAGCGUUUACUUCAACAAAAUAGUGCUAGCAAAGAUGUUGAAUGCAUUCCGCAUGAAGACGCAGUCCAGCCUCCAAAUUAAAUAACCCAAAUCUGAUGAUGGUGAUGAUCACAUCAGAAACCCUAAAAUGUAUUAAUUACACAGAGUGGUUAGAGCAGCCAUCCAAGUCGAAGCCAUGGAGGCCACUCACGGCGAAUUGCUGCUCCACGAAGGGCCAAACCAUGCUCGGCAACUUCAGCCGAUGCAAGCCGACGUCGCGAUCGGAUUUGUCCAAGGACGUUGCUCCGUUGCCGUCGUUUCGGAGGCUGUCGUUCUCGGAUCUGAGCCGGUCGUCUUCGAUGCGAAUCAACGAGGAUCUGGCACAAUCGUUCGGGUCGGAUCUGCACGAUUUCCAGUUGAGCGAGCUGCGAGCCAUAACGCAGAAUUUCUCAAGCAACCUCUUGCUGGGGGAAGGAGGGUUCGGGACGGUGCAUAAGGGUUACAUCGAUGAUAAUUUCAGGCAGGGCCUGAAGGCUCAGCCCGUCGCCGUUAAGCUUCUCGACGUUGAAGGCUUGCAAGGACAUCGUGAAUGGCUUGCAGAAGUAGUAUUUCUUGGGCAGCUAAGGCACCCCAACUUGGUGAAGCUGAUAGGAUAUUGUUGUGAGGAAGAAGAACGGCUCCUAGUCUACGAAUUCAUGCCAAGAGGAAGCUUGGAGAAUCACUUGUUCAGAAGGAUAUCAUCACUGCCAUGGGCAACUAGAUUAAAGAUAGCAAUUGGGGCUGCUAAGGGCCUCUCCUUCUUGCAUGGGGCAGAGAAUCCUGUCAUUUACAGGGACUUCAAAACUUCCAAUAUCUUGCUUGAUUCUGAUUUUACAGCAAAGUUGUCAGAUUUCGGAUUAGCAAAAAUGGGGCCAGAGGGAUCUAAAUCUCACGUUACCACCAGAGUCAUGGGCACCUAUGGAUAUGCAGCCCCUGAAUACAUCACAACGGGUCACUUGACCACAAAAAGUGAUGUGUAUAGCUUUGGGGUGGUCCUGCUAGAACUACUAACAGGAAGAAGGGCAAUGGAGAAGACAAGACCAAAGACUGAGCAGAACCUUGUGGAUUGGUCAAAGCCUUAUUUGAGUAGUUCUAGGAAGCUGAGGUAUAUAAUGGAUCCAAGGCUUGCAGGGCAGUACUCUGUGAAGGGUGCGAAGGAGAUGGCUCGUUUGGCCCUGCAAUGCAUAAGUCUGAAUCCUAAAGACAGGCCGAGGAUGCCGGCCAUUGUUGAAACUCUUGAAUACUUGCAGCAGUUCAAGGACAUGGCUAUUACAUGUGGACAAUGGCCUGCUUCAGCGAAAUCUAGAAAUGGAUCUUCUGAUAAGAUCAAAAUUGAUAUCAGAGUUGGUGCAAACCACAGGAAGCCCUCUCCUGUAGUUUCAAGCAAAAAAACUUGAAUCUGCCAAUUCUUUAAAAAGGAGAGGUAUCUGAUUGAAGUGUAAGUAUUAGUUGUGGUAUGGUCUACUAUAUGCACAUAUAUAUAUAUAUAUAUAUUUGUAAAUGUAUAAACAGUAUAUGCGGUAUGUAUAUAUCUAAAUGCUACUGAGUGUAAUAUAAAAUAUUGCUUCAGAGCUGAGAGCUCUUUUAAAUCACGAUUAAAUGAAAAUUGGUAUAUUCUA